AUGGCGUCAUCGGCGGGGCAUCGUCGUCGGGGCAAGAACAGGCCCAAAAAGAAGAAGAAAAUGGCCGGACCAACGACCGUGCAGGACCUCCCCGACCAUCUCUUCGAGCUCAUCCUCGUCCGCCUCGGCCCGUCCCCGUGCCUCGUCCGCGCCGCGGCCGCGUGCAAGCGGUGGUGCCGCGUCGCUGCGAAUCCCGGCUUCCUCGCCCGCUUCGACCCGCAGGCACCGCACGUCGGCGACUACCACACCGACAAAGGCGGUCAACCUCUCUUCGUCCCGUCCUCGCCGGCCGUCGUUGACCGCAGCCGCUUCUCCCUCGACUUCCUCCCGGACAUCGCGUCAUGGGACAUCGUGGACAGCCGCGGCAGCCUUCUCAUCCUAUGCGAUGGCGGCGAUCUUAUCGUCUGCGAGCCGCUCACCGGACUCUACCAGGGGAUCCUCUGGCCUGGCGUGUUCCGUCGUCGCCUUGGCGUGUUCCUGCUCGACGGCGGCGACGCGGACCGCCGUGUCAGCAUGUCCAACUUCAGGGUCCUCGCUGCCUUUGACAAAUCCAUUGCCUGCAUCUUCUCCACCGGCAGCGACGGCGGUUGGCGCCUCGUGUCCAGCGCGAUCACCGGCGACAUCGAGCUCCCGUCAACGCUCCGCCCCGAAAAUUUCGUCGGGCGUGCAAAUGGCACAAUGUAUUGGGGAAUCGAAGGAAGUGACACCGCCGUACUUGCUCUCGAUGAGUCCACGGCGGAGUUCUCCAUCGCCGCAUUCCCGGAGGCCGUCUGGUGGCCAUCCCACAAAGGGGUCUCUCGGGUUGUGGGCGGCGAGGACGGCGUGCUGCAGGUCAUCCGCCUGAUAAACAACGAGCUCAAGGUCUUUGCACGGCGGCAUGCCGACAGUGACGACGACGAUGAGUGGUUGCUGGAGAUGCAGCUGGGGUUGCCGGAGGCCACCCUUGGGCUGCCGGGGCGCAAAGAGAGCUUCUUCCAGCAAGAAGCCAUGAUUGUCUCCGCGAAUGCUAGAUACGUCCUGCUGACACCGAGCGAGGAGACGUGGCUGUUCUCUGUUGAGCUGGACACGAUGCGAGUGGAGCGCAAGCACGAGAGAAACAAGUACGCCGGAGCAGCUCACCCGUACAAGUUGCCGUGGCCGCCGGCUUUGGCUGAUCAUAGCAGGGAGAGGAGGCGAUGA